AUGGCCGUCUUCUCCGCCGCGACAUCCCUCCUCGUCCUCUUUCUCUCUAUUUCAUCUCCCUUUGUUCACGUAGAUUCGGCACCGGCCGUUGAUUGCUCCACCGUGGUACUAAGCAUGGUGAAUUGUGUGGCUUUCGUGACGAUCGGGGGUAAAGAUGAUCAACCAUCGGCUUCAUGCUGCUCCGGUCUCAAGAAAGUGCUCGAUGUGAACCCCGAAUGCUUAUGUGAAGGGUUGAAGAACAGUGACUCUCUCGGAGUCAAAGUGAACGUCACUAAAGCCGCUACUCUUCCCGCCCUUUGCAAACUCACCGCUCCUCCUGUCUCUGCUUGCGCAUGUCAGAUUUUCUCUCUUUGCUUCUCAGAUUUUGUUUUUUUGUUUUUACUCUUGUUUGCAGUGUCUGGUACUCCUCCUGCUAGUGCGCCAGGUACUUGA